AUGGAAGACACGACGAGACUGACCGAUCCCGAGGACGACCGUCGUCGCGAAAAUCAGAAGAGCGACGCGAAGCGAAGAGUGAGUCCGACAGGGGGUCCAGGAUCGUCGAAGCAGGAGUUUGGCGAUGACGAGUGUAGCACGGACAGCGGGUGUAGCAGCGGCGGAAGUACCGGAAGCGCGGAGAGGCUGUCGCGUCGCGGAAGCAGCGAGCGAUUAUGCCGCGCCACCAGGUCACCGAGAACCCAUUGCUACUUGGACCGACUUCGCGGACGACCUACUCGAUCUCAGGAGAGACUUUCCGGCGUCCAAAGAAGUUCCGAACGAGUUCGAGCGAAAUCUUCCCGCUCUUGGAGCCCCGGUGACGUCAGAGGUGUCGGCAGGACUUCCGAGUCUCUGUCUUAUUCGUCGACUCCGUCAGACGCUCAUAGCAGUACCGACAGUGAUUCGCUAAAGAGAUCCUCCACCGCGGACAUCCUCCGAAGAGCCCUGCAAACUCUCAAGAUAUCCUCGAAAUGGGAGGGUAAGGAGAACAAGCACGUAAAGAAGAGCCCGAAGAGAAUUCUACGCAGCCCGGUAGCCUACACGUACGUCAGAGGUCUUUCCGGUCUACCAACACAGAGGGUUCCAAGAAACAUGGCGCAGAUGGCGAUGCCGUGUUCCUGUCAAGACUCCCUUGGUCUCUACCGAUAG